UGUCAAUAAUAAUGAAUCUUUAUCAUAUUCAAUUGGUUAUCCUUAAAUUUACUUAGUACAUUGCGCACAAAUUUGUAUUCCUUAUCAUAUAGCCAUCUCGGAUUUUAUUGCCAUGUAAAAAAUACAAAAUUGAAUUAUUAUUUGGCUCUCAAAACAAAAUUAUUAACAAAUUGUAAACAAUUUUAAAUCUAUAAAAAUGAACAACGGAGGAGAGUUGGCGGUUUGGGACGCACGGCCGAAUCCUGUUCCUGAAUUUGGCUUCUUUCGUAAGCAGGAUGAGCUGAUGAUUAUGCUGCCGGAAGUGUCCAAGCUUCACGAGAUCUUCGACAUGUUUGUGAUGUUUGGAAAGGAUGCGGGCGCUGAUGCAUCCCGCAUAAGCCUUUCGGAUAUGGCCGACUGUCUACGCUCCAUGGGCGUUAACCUCAGUGACCAGUGGCUCGCCGCUCGCCUGGAUGAGCAGAUGCACCGCCGCCAGGCUCUGGGUCUUCUGGGAGCGCCAGUGAGUCAAAGGGUGUCCUUUGAGUUGGUGCUCAGUCUUUACUGCCAGCUGGCCGAUCGGAACGAAGGACCCUCGUCGGAGGAGGUGAUGAGUGCCCUGCGCACUUUGGAUCCGAACAAUACAGGAAAGCUCUCCUGCACCGAGCUGCGCCGCCUGCUAAUCAGCAUGGGAGAGCGGCUCGAAGAGUCGGAGGUCAUUGGCCUGCUGGAUCGCGUGUCGGACAUCGAUGGUAACGUGCAAUACGAGAAGCUGGUGCUCGACAUGUUUGGCAUGGACGGCGGGUCGGAGGAGACGCGGAACCAGGCCAAGAUCUACUUGCAGGCCAUUGGCCGCAAUGCCAUUGAUAUGGACAUGGCCAAGCGGGAUGAGUUCAUUGAUGCCUUAAGGCGCGCGGACCCGCUAAACAGCGGCUACAUCGAGCUCCCACGUCUUUUGACACUGGUAAACCGAAGAAGGAAGUGUUUUACCUUGGACGAGCUACAGGUGCUCACCGAGGGUAUGGAGGACACCAAAUACUGUCGCGGCAUCAACUAUCGUCGCUUUUUGCGCUCAAUUAUGAAUGAGUGAGCCUAAACUAACAUUGGUUGGAUUAAAUAUAUAAAUAUAAACAGAA